AUGAUCUUUCAAAGCCCCGCCUCACGCAAUAGCUUGCGAGCGCGGUGUCCUAUUGCGAUCCGGCGACCGUCGAAGCAACAGCAGCAAGGAGCAGUGGUAAGGCGGCGGACUGGGGAUCACGAGAUCAUAGGUUCGAUGCCCACUCUAUGCAAACUUUUUUUGCAGUUUUUCUUAUUUUCUAUGAUUUCGUUUAAGGGCUCCUAUUUUGAGUUUUGAGGCGUAUAAACAUGAAAACAUCUCCGUUUUUAGCCUAUUCGAACAUCUAGAAUUAUUUUCGUCAAAAAUUUUUUUUCAUGGAAUUUUUUUGAGAUUUUUUUCAUGUAUAUGAGCAUGGGCUGGAGUGAGAAAAAUUUUUCAAAAAAAUUCUUUGUUUUUCAUUUUUGUUUUUUUCUUGUGGAAGAAAAAUUCUGUGGUUUUUCGGUGUAUCAAUGAAUAAUUGGACUGAAAAAUUUUAGAAUAAAAAUUUAAAAAGAAAAAGAACCAAAAAAAUUUUUUUUGAAAAAUUUUUCCUCACUCGAGCCUAUGCUCAUACACAUGGAGAAUAACGAAAAAAAUUAUAAGAAGAAUUUUUUGAGAAAAAAAGUCCAGGUGUUUGAAUAGUUUCAAAACGGAGAACUUUCACAGUUUAACGCUUCAAAACUCGAAAAAGAGCACUUUCGCAAAAAUUUUCCGAAACUUCAGCAGUCGUAGUUGAACGGUGAGGUCUAUUAAAGCCAGGAAAAAAAUUUUUCUGUGGGAUAUGUGAGCGUAUCUAUGACUAAUUAAACUUCGAUUCUCAGUCUAUCAAAGAUCCUUUGAGCAAAUUUAUAGAAAACUCCAGACCCUAUGCAAAAAUGACCUUCCAUGUGAAGCUCUCCUCGCGAAGGGGCCAUCUGGCGACGCCUUCGACUGAUAGCUCAGCCUCUAAACCUCAACCUUCAACUUCUUUGUUGUAGUUGCCUCCUGAACUAGCUCGGUGUGAGCACGAUGAUAGUCUCUCCUUGAUGAGUCUCCUGAGGCCUUAGCGGUCCUGUUUCAGGAUUGCGCGAUGUGUAUUUUGACACAAUUUCGCCUAGUUUAGAGAGAACUGUCAGCAGAAACUGCUGUUUGUGUAUCGCCAAGUGAUCUCCGAACACGUGGAAAUUUUAAAACUUCAGUAAAGGACGAAGAGUGGGACAGCAAUGUGAUCGUUUCUUCGUAUUAUAAAUAUAUAAUAAAUAUUUUACUUCAACAACUACGUUGUCUAGCAAAAUAUAACAUUAUCAUUAGCGAAAAAUUGAUAUAAGUUCAAAAAGUAGAUAUGAACUGAUGAAAUUAGACGUGAGAAUUCAGGCGUAUGGAAGUCGAAACGCAGAAGUCAGUCCGUCAUGAGAGUUUCUCUGGUCUUGCUGGUGGUUUUCGCCCUCGUCGUGAGUUUUUCGGAUCCCGGUUUCUUGUUUUCCGAGACUUUAUAAAAACGACAAAUUCGAAAAUCCACUUCUUUUGGCGAAAAGGGAUCUCAACUACACUGCUCCACAUAAUUAUAUAUCCACCUGAGAUUUUUCGAAAAAUCGAGUAUACGGAGAGCUUCUGAAAAUCUUUUUGUUGUCAAAAGAUGGGAAUUUUGAUCAGAUUAAUGUAGCUAUUAACGAAGUUUCUAUUGAAAAAAAGAAAUGUUUUCAAAACUUUCAAUUUUUUUCAAAAAAACCGAAUUUUUCCGUUCCACAUAAUUAUAUAUUCACCUGAGACUUUAAACUUUUUGAACCAUUUUUUUCCGGUUUUUUGUAUCAGUUAUCAUUUCCUCAUCAUUUUUGUUUGAAAUGAAGAAGAAUAAGAGCAAAAAGGUUUUCGAAAAAGUGGGAGAACCUUGGAUCUAAUCAGAGAACGGUCGCGGUGCUUUUUUGGCUUCGCGUUAAAUCGCAAACCGCUACUCCCUGACGUCAUCCCUAUGACAUCCUCUUCAUUUGCAAAAUUCGCACACGCAGCCAUAUCAUUUUAUUCAUCUUUUACGUUCCAAUUUAUAAAAUUAGAUUCGACGUGAAAACUUCUCCGGUCACAUGAGAAACAGAAAGAUAUCACACUUGAAAAUCCCCUUUUGAUUGGAAACUUUUUUUUAUUCUUUUAUUUUCUUGCUUUUUUUAGAAACCUUUUAAAAUUUUUAGAAACCCACGCUUACGCACAGUAUGCUCCUUUAAAUUUUUUUUCUUUUUUUUUGGGAAAUACAUUUCACAGAUUUUUUCGCUACGCGUAUCAAGCUUGCAUCGUUUAGAGCUACCUGAUAGUGUUAUUAGUGUCCACUUUUUGAAACUAAAUGCCUUUCAUGUCAAGUAUUCAUUUAUUUGACGAAUUUUUCACUGUGGCUCAGUUUUUUCGAAGCGAGCCACAGUCGGCUUCGCGCUAUGCGCGCUCCGCCUCCGUGAGAAACCUUAAAACUAAGCCUAUUUUCUUAAGUAAUGCAUGAAUCUGUAGGCGCAGUUUUAAUGCAAAGGCGCAAUUCAGGCUCUUCCCAUUCUUCAAUUUUUUCAAUUUCAAUUUCAAUUCAAUUCAAUUUAUUCAGUCUUCAGAGUAACACGGUGUUCCGCGCAAUGAAAAAAAAUGCGAAAUUUUGGGUCCCAGCGGCAUAUUAUCCGUGGCGCAUUAUUGCGCCCUUCUCAUGGUUUCUGAUGCAAACAUUGAAUUACUUCACUUUUUUCAUUGGUUUUUUACUUUUUUCUAUUUCUUGCAUUUAUGUGAUCCACCUCUCUAUGGGUACAUCUUGUGGAGCUUUAAAUUGCGCAUUUUUCUAAACCGGUUUCAGAUCUUUAACUUUUUUCUCAAAAGAGCUGAAGAUUUUUCUAAAAGUCCUAAUUUUUCAAAAUUUUGAAAUCUGUUUCGCGACAUGAAAAUAAUCACUUUUUAAUUUAAUCAGGUAAUAAUAAAAAAAGUUAUUAUCUAGUUCCUUUGACGUAGUUUGAAACCGGUUUCGUGUAAAUUAGAGCCAAAUUGAAUUUGCUGAUGCAGUUUAAUGAUUUUGAUAUAUGCAUCAUCUAAAUUAUAUUUUUUUCUAGUUUUUUUUGAUGGUUUUUUUCGGAUUUAAACAAAAAAAUUUCGCCAUACGAGGUUUUUUUCUAAAAAUUUCUGAUUUCUAUCCAAUUAUUUGUUUUUUUCUGAAGCUAGGUUUUUCGAGGUAUAUAAAAUGUUUUUUUUUCAUUUGCUCCUCGAAUUUUCCUCAUUUCAAUAUUUUUCGUAUUUAUAAAUGCUUAUUCAAUGGGAGCUGAUUCAUUUUCAUAUUAUUUUUUUUGUUUUUUUAUUUUGUAAUCAGUAAUUUAGAGUUUUCCCUUUUCGAAAUCGUUCCUAAAUGUUUUUUUAACAUAAGUGAAUGUUUUUUCACAUCAUAUUCUUCAAAAUGACAAAUUUCGAACAUUUCAGGAGCUAUUAUCCUGAAAUCGCAAAUUCAAAUAAAAUUGAAAAAAAGUAUUUUGAGUAUGCGAUAGUGCGUCUCGGUGUGCUUACACCCUAAGCAUCAUAAUUUACGAAAAGUCUUGACCUUGCGAAAUGAAAAAAACACCGUGGUAAGUUGAAGAAAAUCUCUGCUGAAUCAUGGUAGAAUCGAAGAGUUAGUCGUCGGCGCGGGUUACGGUCCACAAUCUUUGUCCAAUACGUCCCGGAGUGACAGCUAGCGUUGGGAAAUAAUGUGGGCCCGUUGGUAGCACCAGCGAAUAAACUGCUUCACCAUGUUGGAACAGUACAGCGCCCAGCUUGUCCAGGGCUGACGGGCGUCGGAAUAUUAUCCCAUGAGAGAGCAGCAAUGAGACCGACCAGUCGACGUGAUGAAAUGAGAUAAUAAUAAUCUGCCGAAUCACGUUCACGUGAAAGAAAUGAAUAUAUAGCCAAAUAUUUCGAUUACGCUUAUUUCUAAUGUUACGAAUGGUGUCAUGAAAUGACGUCAGGGAGUUGCGGUUUGCGAUUUAACGAAAACUUUUUUAAAAACAUUUCUUUUUCAAUAGAAACUUUGUUGAUGGCUACAUUAAUCUGAUCGAAAUUCCCAUCUUUUGACAACAAAAAGAUUUAUAGGAACUCUCCGAAUACUCGAUUUUUCAAAAAAUCUCAGGUGGAUAUAUAAUUAUGUGGAGCAGCGUAUUUGAUCAGUUACAGCGCAGUCGUAAAAAAUGUUUUGUUUUUGAUUUUUUGAGACUAAUUUUCAAAACGCGCUGUAAAGCUGCGUUUUUUCCGCGGAUUAAAACUCAGCAACAUUUUUUCAGAAUCCAUCGGAAGCUUUUUUUGUUGAACACCUUCGUAAAGCAGCGAAUGCUGUGGCGGGUGGUAUAAAGAAAGUGGUAAAGGAUGUUAAGGAGGUAAAAAUUAAAAUUCAAAAUAAAUACUAUGCAGAACUUUAGUUUAUAUUUCCUACUCCGCCUCCACCUCCAGAACCAGAACCAGAAGCUCCUCCACAAGAAGUUACAACUCGUCGUCCAGCUUAUCGUCCAGCUUAUCCUCCAGCUUAUCCCCCAGCAUAUCGUCCAGCUUAUCCUCCAGCUUAUCCCCCAGCAUAUCCUCCAGCUUAUCCUCCAGCUUAUCCUCCAGCUUAUCCCCCGGGACAUGGGCCUCCUCCACAACAGCCCAUUAUUAUCAAAAGAAGCAUCGAAGUGAGUCGCCGCGAAACUGCAACAUAUUUUUUCAAGUUUUCUGAAAAAUUCCUUGCUUAAUCAUGGAAUAUUUUUAGGGUUUUCGUCGGUUUUGUUUCAAUAGUAGUAGUCGAUUGUUAGCGGUUCGAUGAUCAGCUACUUUUCCAAGUAUAAAUGGUUCCCGGCUUUUCCGAAGCUGACGGUCGUAGGAUUGAGUCUCACUAAGAAUAACUGA